AUGCAGUGUGCUAAUUGUAAUAAGAGCUUUGAAUCAAAGCAAAGUGGAUUCAAACGCCGCUAUUUGAUUAAUCAAGAUAUUUCAACAAGUGCAAUAAAAGACAUACUUUUGAACGUUGAUAUCACACCAAAAUCUGAAAAACGUUCAGAAUCGCGUUUUGUGUGUAAUGAGUGUGAAAAACUGUUGAAGACGGCAAGUGUUGGUGUUAAGGCUAAAGAAAAACUGUUCAGCAAGACUGAUGAGACCUCCUAUAUUGGCCUUAAAAGGAGACGGAUUACUCUAUCGGCAUCGCCCAUUGGGACGCCAUACACGCCUAAGAGACCCCGAUUGUCGUCCACACCGAAGUCAAAGAAAAGAGAACAUCUCACAACUGGCGCAAGGUACUUUGCGACAUACAAGUAUGACAAGGGCUUUAGGCACUACAUGUCAAAAUCCAAAGUGGCUUUGAAAUCACUGAGAAAGGUGCUUAGAAGAAAGAUAAGAAUGGAUGUGAAACAGAUGCUGAAGGAUGUAGCCCUUCCCGUGAAACAAUCAGUCAGUGUAUCAGGAUUUAAAGAUAUGAACUUUGCUCAGAUGUUGACAGCCUUUGAAUCACACGCACCAUUCCUGUACGACGCAAUCGUAUCUUCACUCACUACCAGAGAGAAAGAACUCAAACGGGGAAAAGGCAACGUUUCACUGGUUCCAGUCAUCGGUACAAUCAUGUCUAUGAUAGCAUAUCAAAAUAAACCCAAGCUUGCUUCCCUGUUGAUGAAAAUGAAUGCCGUGCAGAUGUGGCGUUCUGGCUGCAAAAGAUCGUUGUUUAACAUAUUCAAUCACAUGGGAAUAUGUGUUGGCGAAUGGAGCAUGUUUGCAACGCUUGACAAGCUACGAGCAUCAUUCGAUGCAGAACUUCUCUCGUGGAAGAACGAUCUCAAGAGACAUGUGUUCAGAACACCUGACAGCCCACCUGCUAAUUCACCGGCUGUAAGUCAGUCGGAUGAGACUGAGGACGACCCCUCUUCAUUUUCAACGAGCAGUUUCUCGCAGCUGGAAUCUGAGCCAGAGGAAAGUUCUGAGUGGGAAGAUGCCAUGGAUGAUUAUGAUGAUGAUGAUGUUCAAAGUUCGGAGCGGGAGUCCGAAGAGCCUACCAUAUUGUAUGGUGACGACACCGUACCAAAAGGUUAUACAUUAUGCUGGGACAACGUUGGAAAACAAGUGAAGGCUAGACAUCAAACAAGAAAUCAUGGAAAUAAAUAUAAAUGUUGGGCUUUGGCAUAUGCAGUCAAGAAUAGAAUACAAACAACUCAGUUUGAUAACAAGAAAGUAGAACCGGCUGAAAGUAUAGACAUUGAGAAGUACCUUUUAAAUGACAAAGAACGACAUGCAGUCAGGGAGAGACUUGUCAACAUGGUGCAGCGAAUCCUUGUCGGUCAUUUGGCAGCCUUUCGGAGUGUCGCGCAUUACCCGUGCACCUCCUUUCAGCAUCAUUUCACCAGAGAGAGCUCACAAAAAAGCGAGAUGUUCAACAUAGGUGUUAUAGAUGCGAACCCAUCUUCAACUGCCGGUGUGAUAGAAAUACUAGACACCCUGCACAACUAUGUUCCUCAGCAUGAAGAUCAAGUGCACACGCUUAUUACAUGGGGGGAUGCUCUGUCUUGUGAAAGGCAUCUUGACGCCCAGAAUGCGAGGGCCAAUGCCACAACAGCUGUUGGAAAACUUCAGGGACUUGAACCGGGCGCCCAGGAAUUCCAUAAAAGAAUGUUGUUGAUGCAGGACACAAUGGACAAAUUGUUUGAUGGGAAAAGCGCGCGUGAUAAAGGAACACUGUUUCACUUGAAAAACGUGUUCAAUCAGAGGUCCGUUUCAAAACACGUGUCAGAGACAUUUAACUACGUAGCUGAAUUUCUGAAAUUCGUGACAGAAGGAUACGUGGUUCUGUUUGCAAUGGAUCUGCUAGGGAUCGACGACAUGGAGGAGGACACUAUUGAAGACGCCGAGAUAGCCUUGAAUCGGGUGUCUGAAGAAAUUGUGGACAGCAUAUGGAAUGAAGUGACUUUAGAAAAUGCCGGAAGUGAGAUGCAUUGCUUUUGUGGACAAGAUAUUGACGAGGACAUCCCCAUGAUCGAGUGUGAAAAUUCCGAAUGUAAGAAUGGUGGAUGGUUCCAUACAGAUUGCUGCGGACUUGAUGAGGAUGACCUUCCAGACGAGUGGUUUUGCAGCUCUGAUUGUAGAACGUUUGCUACACAGUUCUGCACAUGUAAGUCGAACCAAAAAGGUAUCAUGAUAGAGUGCACAAAUACAGACUGCAAGAGGGGAAGAUGGUUUCACAUCAAUUGCGUAGGACUGAAGAAAGGCCAGUUACCAGCGGAAGAUGAGCCGUGGUUCUGCAGCAAAUUCUGCUCAAAGACCGGGAAAUCAGAAAGGUCAUUUCAGGCAGUUGAUAGGAAAUUCGAAUAUUCGAAAUACCUGAUGUGGAGUGGCUUGAAUGAUUUGAUCAGAAGAGACGCGGUUAGAAACAAUGACGGGCCAAUGAUGAUAGUAUAUUGGAAACAAGAUCUACUGCAAUUUCUUCAAAGAAAUCAUCCAAAGUACUUCAUUCUUGCCCACCGAUUAAUUGCUGGUGUGAAUGGGUUUCUACCGCCUCGACUGCAACAAGAUCUAAUCUGGAAUAGGACAGUUAAUAUAAGAGGAGGGCAUGCUUCCAACGAUGAAGCUGACUUGGUUAACGAGUUCUUAAACAGGGAGUUUAAAGAGAGCAUUCGAUCAGUUGGACCACACACUACUCCACUCACGUUACAACGGCAUGGGAAACUUGCUGGUGGAGUUGGGGUCGUCUUGGACGAUGUUUAUAAAGAGCUGUUGGAUGCCCAUAAGGCCGCCCAUCACACACAAAAGGGGCUGAAUAGAAGGGAUGACAUGCAAUACUUUGUGCAGUUGCUGGGCCCUGAAAACUUGACCAGAAAAAUUAGCGGUCGCCACCAUUCCGCUUUCCCAAAAUUCACGUCAGAGCGCUCUGUUAGCUACACAAGACUACAAGAAAGAGUGACAAAAUUAUCGAAGAAGCUUGACAGGGCCCGAAGAGUUGCUCAUUGAUAAUGGCAAUACAGGCUGACGAAAUUCAGAAACAUUUAUAAAUGCGCUCAUAUUAUUUCAAAUAAUGACUUGUGCUGAACGUUUUAUAAACUCAAACCUAUAGAGCUCUUAAUACGUGUGUAAAAUGUUUUCAUAAAUAAUGGGUUAUAUACACCACACCAUUAAAGCAUCUUCAGUUACUUUUGUUUCUUUUUCGGCAAGUUAUUAAAAAUAGGUGA